UAAGUAAAGUUUGAAUUCCAGUUUUGAAGAAAUUGCCUAAGUGAAAUUUGUGUUACCUAUUAUGAGUUUAAAUUUGUAGAGAAAAUGAAACACCUCCUAAUCCUGUUCGGCCUCUCGGCUUUAACGACUGUAAUAUCCGGCAAAAGCCAUUGUCACGCCUGCUUCGACAGCAUUUGCUAUUCCAAAGCUCGAAUAUUUCAAAACUAUCCAAUAUCCGGCCAAUUAGCCGUCGACAGAGUCGCCAAUGUUGUUUAUUUUCACUAUGAAGACACUCAGCCAUUAGAUCACACUGUUGCAUUUGAUUUACACGAUAUUAGAUUCUUGAAUAUCCCGGGUAUUCAAUUUUCCUUCGCUCGAGCCGUUGACCAGGCGACGAGAGAAGCCUAUAUCGGUGGUGCUAAUGGCAUUUACAAAUACAAUCCAAUUACAAACGUAACGACUCACUUCGCCUUAAAUAAUAAAACAAUUUGGCAUAUGCAAUUUAAAGAUAAGAUUUACUACACAAUAUUCAUGACUAAAGGACUUUAUACGUACGAAAAGAAACAAUCUAAACCUGUGGUAGCGUUGAAAGACUACACGAUAGAUGAUUUUAUCGUGGAUAAGAGGGAUGAUAUUUAUUUCAUGAGCAAUUUCACUGUUUAUAAACUGAAAAAGGGGGAAAAUAAGGUCACGAUGUUCUCCACUAUAAUAUACUCUCUGACUACAGAUAUAAAUGACAAUGCAUAUUUCAUACAAAGAGAUACAAGAGGGUUGUAUAAAAUUGACUAUAGAACUGGAAGACUGACCGAGGUCGGUGCUUUUGGGAGCGGAUCGCCUUUUAGAACUGUUUUCGACAAUUUCAACAAUGUGAUUUAUUAUGACGGAAAUAGUGAUGAGCUGUUUUAUCUAACACCGAACUACGGACGCUGUAAAGUGACUGAUGAAGGGAAAGGGAGGAAAUUGAAGAAAAAGGUGUCUUCGUAUUUUGAUAGUGAUAUUUGAUUAAUAUUCGGCUUUCGGCUUUAAUUGGUUUAGCCGAAUAUUGAGUGAUGGGACGUUAUAGAGUGUAGAG